GACAAGAAGGCGAGUGACAUGAAGACACUUAUUGAAACAAAUACACCCGCUGAUGGAUGUCAUCCACAGUGGUCCGUCUCAGCUGAACCGGAAAACCCAUAGAAGCAGUGUGUCAAUAAUAACGUUAAGGUCAUUGCACUCAGUCACGUACACCGAACUGAUUAAAUAGGAUUAUCAUCACUCGAGCUGCAAUUCAGUUUGUGUCAAUUCUACACACUCUUCACACAGAAAAACGGCGACACGUUGACAGCGCUGACAUUUCCUGAUACGAAGCGGCAGAUCGGAGCAGCAUCUCUCAGACAGUCGAAGCUGCCCUUUCACCCACAUGAGGUGACAAACACACCGAUCAUACGGCGCUACGAGUGGCCCCCUUCAAUGAAAUACAACAAUUUUACGCCUUUACUCUGUACAACCAGUUGAAAUGGCCUCAGGUGGGGCCCCAUUGCCAGGGGCAACUCAUUGGGCCACCAAGGUGGAGCUGACCAUCUCCUGUGAGAACCUCAUGGACAUGGACGUGUUUUCUAAGUCUGAUCCUCUGUGCGCCUUGUACAUUCACACUGGCUCCCACUGGUAUGAGUUUGGACGCACAGAGAUGAUCUUGAACUGCCUGAAUCCAAAGUUUGCCAAGAAGUUUGUGGUCGAUUACUUUUUCGAGACGGUGCAGAAGAUGAAGUUCUGUGUGUAUGAUAUUGACAAUGACACCUAUGACCUGGGGGAUGAUGAUUUCUUGGGGGAGCUUGAAUGCACCCUGGGACAGAUUGUUUCUAACAGGCAGAUGACUCGACCUUUAUUGCUGAAGGACAAGAGGCCUGCAGGUCAUGGGACCAUCACAAUCUGUGCCGAAGAGAUAACCGACACCAGAGUGGCAAUCUUUGAGGUGUCGGGCCGCCGGCUGGACAAAAAGUUUUUGUGGUGGUCCGAUCCUUUCCUGGAACUCUACAAGCAGACAGAAACUGGAUGGCAGCUGGCUCACAGGACAGAGGUGGUAAACGACAACGUAAAUCCAGUGUGGAGACCCUUCCGCGUCUCUUUGCGAUCUCUCUGCGGAGGAGAAGUGGAGAGACCUAUAAAGGUCGACUGCUAUGACAACCAUGUGAGCGGCGCUCAUGACCUCAUUGGCAGCUUUAAAGCCACACUGGCUGAGAUGCAAAUGGGAACACACGUUUCCCCUGCUGAAUUUGAGUGCAUCAUCCCAAAAAAGCUGAAGAAGAAAAACUAUAAAAACUCUGGAGUCAUUUGCAUUAAGAACUGCCAGGUGGUGAAGGAGUACACCUUCCUGGAUUAUAUCAUGGGUGGUUGUCAAAUCAACUUCCCUAUUGCCAUUGACUUCACAGGUUCUAACGGGGACCCCAGCUCCCCCCAGUCCCUCCACUACAUCAACCCCGAGGGCUACAAUGAGUACCUGUCAGCCAUCUGGGCAGUGGGUAAUGUCGUCCAGGACUAUAACAGUACCAAGAUGUUUCCCGUCUUUGGUUUUGGAGCCCAACUCCCUUCUACCUUGCAGGUUUCCCAUGAAUUUCCUAUCAAUUUCAAUCCAGCAAAUCCCUUCUGCGCCGGAAUAGAGGGUGUGGUGCAGGCCUACCGGCAGUGUCUCCCACGGUUGAAGCUCUGGGGCCCCACCAACUUCUCUCCUAUUAUUAACCACGUUGUCUGCUUUGCCAGACAAGCUCUUCACCAGAAUACGGCUUCACAAUACUUUGUACUGCUCAUCAUCACAGACGGUGUGAUCACAGACAUGGACCAGACACGCACUGCUAUCGUGGAGGCCUCUCGCCUACCCAUGUCCAUCAUUAUCGUGGGCGUGGGGGGGGCAGACUUCAGUGAAAUGGAGUUCCUUGACAGUGAUGACAAACUGCUGUCCUCGCCCAGGGGUGACGUCGCCUCGAGAGACAUCGUCCAGUUUGUGCCCUUCAGGGAUUUUCAAGGAAACAGCGUGGCCCUUGCCCAGAGCGUCCUGGCGGAGCUGCCUGAUCAAGUGGCCUCCUUCUUCAAUUCUUACAAGCUGAAACCCCCGAAUAUACUCACCGAAUCUUACCCGUCGUAGACAUUCAGGUUACCCUUUACCUCUUCUUCACUACCAGUCUCCUGCACUACCCCCUGCAUUUUCUAGAUGGGAUGGCACAAAGUUAUGCUAAUAAAUUAAUGGGUGGGUAACACAGACAGAAAAUGUGAUUUUUUUCCAAAGAGACAUGAUAGCUUGCAUAGUGCAUGUAACAUUACAAAUAUACCACUUAUAAGGGAAGUAUCGCUUUGUUGAAUCAUGCCAUUAUUUUCUUUAUUUUCCUGUAUUACCUCUCCUCUGCUAUAAUGUGCAACCUCUGAGAGUGUAGUGGACUCUACUACUAUAAUUUAACUCAGUUGAUUGUUAAGGUUUGUGUCCUCACCAUAACACUAUUUUAACACUAUUCUUUCAGUCGCUACAUGCAAGUAUAAUACAUCUAUGUUGUCAUAAUGAGUGUGAUCUUUAAUUUAGUACUAGUUUUGAGCUUUUCUCUGGAACACGCUGACUGAAUUCAAAGGAAUAAGUGAAAAUCAAAAAGUGUAUAACAGUGUCAACAUUGCAAUGUUGGAGACCAGAUAGAUAAACAAACUUCUGCUGCCCCCUUCAGUGAAAAUAGUUUGUUGCCAAAUUAACCUUUUUUUUGUUUUUACUUUCAUUAGUGUUAUCAGCUGAUUUAGGUUUACAACAAAAACACUAACUAUUAACUACAAGGAUGUUGCCUGACAUUGUCAUGAUGAGGGAAGUAUUUGGCUAUUACCGGUCAUAAUACGUCACAUUACAUUCUAGUUAUUUAUAUUAAGGUGUAUUCAACUUUCUAACCUGAUACAUUACACAACUUAUGCAACUGUCAUUAAAUAAAACGUAUAUAAUAAUAUUUAAUAGACUUUAUCCUAAUGUAGGAAUUAUUUCCCUUGUUGGUCACUAAUACAGAGUUUGUAAACCUCGGUGUUUCUUAAUAAUAAAUCAUUUCAUCAACACAAACCGGUGUG